AAAUGGCCAGGCGUGGAAUGGGAUAAAGGGCAAAAAGAUUAGCUAAUCGUAAAACAAAAAUGCUUCCACGUCAAGGAUCAGCCUUGGAGCAAAUUCGAGGUCCCGCCAUCCAUCAGACGUAAAUCGUACGACUCGCUACUCGGCCAGGUCAUGGGUCCAGAUUGAACCAAAGAAAUAGCGAAAUAUCCACCGUCGAUUUUCGCCUGAUCCAUAAAAAAUCAAAUAGUAAAUGGAAAUUCACAACUAACCGCCCAAUUGCCCAAAACCAAAAAUUAAAACAGCCGCCAGAAUUUCAAGCCCCGCUUUCACCUUCAGAUCCCUUUAUAUAAACAAACCCAGUCUACUCGCCCAAUUGCCACAAUCAACAGAAGUUGGGUAACUUCCAAGUCACACAAAUAUUUGUGGAGAAAAUGUCAGGCCGUGGAAAGGGAGGCAAGGGAUUGGGCAAGGGAGGAGCAAAGCGCCACCGUAAGGUGCUCCGAGAUAACAUUCAGGGCAUCACGAAGCCGGCAAUUCGGAGGCUGGCUAGAAGGGGUGGAGUGAAGAGAAUCAGUGGGCUGAUCUACGAGGAGACCAGAGGGGUUCUUAAGAUCUUCUUGGAGAAUGUGAUUCGCGACGCCGUCACUUACACAGAGCACGCUAGGAGGAAGACCGUCACCGCCAUGGAUGUAGUUUACGCUUUGAAGAGGCAGGGCAGGACUCUCUAUGGCUUCGGUGGUUGAAUUUUAGGUGGAUUGGCCCGCCCCUUUGUCUUUCCUUCUUUUUUCCUUUUUUUUUUUUUUUUUUUAGUUUUCAAUGGGUUUUUACUUUGAUCUGGUUGGGUUUGAUCAAUGUAAUUGAAUCAAGUUUCAAUUUUAUGAGAAAUUUAGUAAAAUUUCAGUUAGUAUUU